AUGGCCAGUACAACUCAGACAUCGACAUCGGCGGUGAUCACCACGCUUGUGGCUAACCUUAUUUUUUUCGGAGUGUUUGUUACUUGCUUUCUUCUUUUGAGGCUCAAAUUCAAAAGAAUAUACUCUCCCAAAAGUUCCUAUGAUCUUGUUCCCGAAGAUAAAAGACCUGAACCACUCCCAGUGGAUCCCUUUAGAUGGAUCUAUAUUCUUUUGACCAAACCUCAUACUUUCAUAAUUCAGCACUGUGGACUCGAUGGAUACCUUUUCUUGAGGUACUUGUUGGUACUUGCUUCGUGUUUCAUUUUUGGCAUGUUGAUGUACAUGGUUUUGUUGCCCAUUAAUGCUGCUAAUGGUGCGGGGCACGAAGGGUUUGAUCAGCUUUCGAUUUCCAACGUAAAACACAAAGGUAGGUACUAUGCUCAUGUUUUCGUAGGAUGGGCAUUCUACGGUGGAAUUGUGUUUGUUAUUUACAGAGAGCUCUUCUUUUUCAACUCGUUGCGUUCAGCGGCGAUUUCCAGUCCUAAAAACGCUUCCAAGGUGUCGGCAAGAACAGUUUUGUUUCAAAGUGUUCCAAACCCAUUGCUUGACGAAAAGCAGUUUUACAAGCUUUUCAACGGCGUGAAGAGAAUCUAUGUUGCGAGAACCUCCAGAAAAUUGGAGAGCUCUGUGAGAAGAAGAGAAGCAUUGUGUAUGAAGCUCGAGGCUGCCGAGAACAAACUCUUGAAGACGGCUAUGAAAGCCAAAUUGAAAGCCGACAAGAAAGGAACUCCCAUUGAGGGCACAGACAUAAACUCCUACGUUCCCGAAAAGAAGAGACCAAGACACAAGGCGGGAGGCUUUUUUUCAAAGAAAGUCGAUACAAUCAACUAUUGUCUUGAGGAAAUCCCCAAAAUUGAUGCCAAGGUCAAAGAGUUACAGAAAGACUACCGUUCAUCGAAAGUCAAAAAUUCCAUUUUCGUCGAGUUUGAAGACCAGUAUACCGCUCAGUUGGCGUACCAAUCAGCCACCUACCACAAUCCUUUGAGAAUGAGCCCUGCUACCACUAAUGUUGAACCGGCGGAGAUCUACUGGCCCAACAUGAGAAUGUACUGGUGGGAACAGAUAUUUAGAAGAUUCACAUCAAUUGGUUUUAUUACGGCACUUGUGAUCUUUUGGGCUAUUCCUGUGGCUUUUGUGGGUGUGAUUUCCAACAUUACUUAUUUGACAAACAAGUUGCCAUGGUUACGUUGGAUCUUGAACUUGCCAGACCAGCUUCUAGGCUUGGUGACUGGUCUUUUGCCCACUAUCAUGUUAGCUAUCUUGAUGGCAUUACUACCGAUUUUCAUUCGUCACAUGGCUAAGGUUGCCGGAGCCGUAUCACUCCAGCAAAUUGAAUUGUUCACUCAAAGCGCUUACUUUGGCUUUUUAAUCAUCAACUCGUUCUUGGUCAUCACCAUUGCAUCGUCUGCUACAUCCGUCGUUACGCAAAUUAUAGACAAGCCGCUGUCUGCCAUGUCGUUGUUGGCGAACAAUUUACCAAAGGCUUCAAAUUUCUACAUUUCCUACGUUAUUUUGCAAGGCUUGUCCAUUAGCAGUGCUUCUUUGUUUCAAGUUGUUGGAUUGUUCUUGUACUACAUCUUGGGUGCCAUAAUGGACUCUACCGUACGGAAAAAGUGGGGCAGAUUUGAAGGUUUGGGAGCUCCUGGAUGGGGAACCACCUUCCCAGUCUACACCAAUAUUGCCUGUAUUGUGUUUGCAUACUCAGUUAUUUCGCCGUUGAUUUUGGCUUUUGCUACAGUUGCGUUUUUGUUGGUCUACAUUGCAUUCGCUUAUAACUUGUCUUACGUCAAUAUCGAGGCUCCAGAGACUUAUGGACUCCACUACCCACGGGCGUUGUUCCAGACUUUCACCGGUAUAUACUUGGGACAAGUUUGUAUGCUUGGUAUAUUUGCGGUUGGUAAAGGUUGGGGCCCCAUUGUGUUGCAAGCCAUUGGCAUUGGAAUGACUGUCUUUGCCCAUAUUAACCUCAAUCAAGCAUUCGACCACUUGAUUCAUGUGGUUCCACUCGAUUGUAUGAGGCCAUUAGAUGGUGUUUCCAACACUGCUUCAUUCAAAGGUACGAGUGAGUACCAAGAAAAGGUGUUAAGCAAGAGAAAACGUCACCACCAGCUCCACAAGGAACUUCAAAGAGAAGAAGAAAAACACCUCGAAGUUAAAGAUGGACUCGCUGGAGAAGAUGUCUUUGCUGAUGCGAAUGAACAUUCCAUCGUUCCUCUUAUAGCAGACAGAGACUUCAAGAGUACAGCCAAACACAACUUUUUGAUUCGUUUCUUCCGUCCUGACAUCUACAUGAACUACAGACUGGCCAAACUGUUAUUACCUGCCACCUACAAUGUUGAAGCUGAAAUAGCUCCAAACAAACAUGCAUACGACAUGCCUAGUGUCACGGCGCAAAAACCAACAUUGUGGAUUCCUAGAGACCCUAUGGGCUUAUCUAGGGUGCAAGUGGAGGAGCUUUCCAAGGUGGUUGACGUUACCGAUGAAAACGCCGGCUUUAGCGACAAAGGAAAGAUUAUCUAUUUGGGAAAGCCACCAUUUUAG